CCUCGGCUCGCCCUGCAGUUCUGCAUGCCGAUUCUCCUUUUUCAAUUCAUGUGACGAAGGUACUCGGACCACUUCUCUGUUAAAGACGUAUUCAAGGUCAAAGGUCAUAAUGCCAACUUCUGUGAUGCAGCGAUUGAUCUCCUACUCGGAUAAGUAUGAAGAUGAUCAAUUUGAAUAUAGACAUGUUGUCCUGCCGACAGAGCUUGUGAAACAGGUCCCCAAGCUUCACCUGAUGACGGAGACGGAAUGGAGGAAUUUAGGAGUCCAACAAAGCCCCGGAUGGGUGCAUUACAUGAUACAUAACCCAGAGCCACACAUCUUGUUAUUCAGGAGACCGAAACCUUGAUCGUAACCAAGCAAGGUGCCGUAGGCUUCAACUUUGAUAUAAGGAAUAAUGUGAACUUCUGUAAUAUGGACUUCAGAUAGACUUUGCUUUCCUUCUUUUGGAGUUUGACGUUCUGUAGGUUCUGACUAAACUGCUCAUCUUGGUAUCGUAUUCUAGAUCCAAUGAAGACAGUUGUACAAUAACGACUAGAAAGCUUAAGAUAGUUUUGCAGCAUUGCAAUUGAGUGUGACUUCUUGCAAUUUGGUGAAUCAGAGAGCUCUAGGGUUUUUCAUAAAGCUGUUCGUAAGUUACGAAUGACUUUAUGAAUGACUUUAUGAAUGAUUGGUGAUACCUUCUUGGGUUCUAUAAUCUAUUCCUCAUUCAUUUCAUGUAGCAAAAGAAGGUAUCAGCAGGAAACACCCAACUGUUCGUAAGUUACAAGUGAGUUUACAAACAACUGGUUGCCCUUUCUUAGGAACUAAAAUCGACGCUAAUGGAAGUCCGGUGUGCAUGACUUACUGCAAGAAAGGAUCACCAUUCAUUUGUAGAAUAACUAACAACCAUCUUUAUGAAACACCCACCAGGGGCCCGUCAUACAAAUACUUGCGAUUUAUCCGAUUAAUCGUAACUUUGGAAAGCCUGCAAAGUCAACAUAUAAAAUGGAUGUUUGCUCAAUUUUUUUUCUAGAUAUGAAUUCAUAUCCAUGAAUUAAUU